ACGCCAUAUUGGAUGUGUACAGAUGAGCCAAGGAGCCAGAGCCACCCAUCGCGCACCCUACACUCACAUAAUUACUCUCUUUUCUAUAAUGUAAAAGCAUCUAGGUUGCAGGAUUUGCGGCUGCGGGGUAGGUGGGAUCAACUCGGGGACUUGUCUCCAGCACCACCACGGCUAGAAACUGUUUGUUGGCAGCAGACGAGGUAGAAAAGUGCGCAGGAGGAGAGUAGCAGAGGCGGCGGACCCGGGGAGUUGGAGUGGGGCCGUCGACGUCCCACCAUUUGCAAGUCUUGCCAGCACAGCUACACACAGCCGCCCUCCCCACCCUCAUAUCACCACCUCUACAUGAUGCCCACGAACACCCAUACAUCCUGCACACGAGAGGGUGACUAGAGGACCAACACAGUGCAACUGUGUCAGUUGAAUGGCAUACUCCUGGCAAGCACGAUGAAUGGGGAACCAGGGGAAGCAAACACCCCUGUACGACGAUCGUCUCGGGCAAGAAAACCAAACUCUCGAUUUGCUGAUGAUGAGCUAGAUGGUCGAUUUAAAAAGAUUGUCACUGGUUUAUCUUCGCCUGAGACACCUAUUCCUUUGGGUUCCCCCUCAGGUCGUCCCAGGAAGGUCGGGCGGAGAAAGGACAGUCGUAGUAGUGAAGAUGGGAGUGAAGUAAGGUCUGAAGAGCCAGAUGAUGACAAGAGUGAUGGGAGCAAACUAGUUGCAUCAGCAAACCGGUCACAAACUGACCAAAAGGAUAUGAAAACUUCUGAUGUUGCAUUUGAUUCAAAAGAAUUGCAUGAAAAAUGUGAAACACGUGUGUCCUUUGUUGAACCAAGUGCUGAAUCAGAAGCUCUAGUAAAUGGCCUUGAGGGUGAAAGUGAGAAUGAAAAAACUUCUGUUAGUGUUAGUAAAUUGCAGGCUGAAUGUGAGAAAACUAACGAGAUGGGAAGGAGAACCAGAAGUAGUAAAAAGAAGGACGAGUUGGAGAGCCCAACCAAAGACAUUAAGAAGCGAGGUAGAAAAAAAGGAAGAGGUAAGAAGAGUGAGGAAGAAGGAGAGGCAAGUGAAAGUGGGAUCUCGAGUGAGGAUGGAAGUUCAGGCUCUGUCACAGGGGAAAAGAUUGGUGAGGAUAUCGAGAGAGCCAUCAGCAGUAACAUAAUCAAGGCUGAAAAUCAGGGAAAGUCAGAUCUCAAUCAGUGUGGCAAAGAUGUGAGGUCUGAAGCUAAACCAAUGGAAUUAGUCCAGAGAGAAACUCCCAGUGAAAGUGCUAGGGAUGGCUCUGAGUGUGACAGUGAUAGUUGGGAACCAGAGAGAGAAAACCAAAAGAGCAGUGAAUCUGAUCAGAGGGACAUUGAGAUUGAGAUUCAUGUGAAAGGCCAAAUCAGUAGCGAAACUGUUUUAAGUGACCAGAAGUUUAGUGAUAUUGAUAUAAAAGACAAAUCUUUUAGUGAAAGUGAUAUAGGUAACACUGUUGAUAGUGAAUCUUGUAUUAAUAUAAAAAAUAGCAGUAUCUCUGCAGAAAAUGUCCAGAGUGAAUGUUUAAGUGGUGAAACACUUAGUGGAUACAGUGAAGUGAGUGAGUGCUUAUAUAAUGAUACUCUUGCUGAAGAAAGGUACACAGUCUCUCCACAGAAAGAUGAGAAUAUUUGUAAAAGAGAAGAGAUUGAGUCAGGUCAAGAGCCUAGUGUUACAAGUGACUGCAAAAAGACCAUUGACAUCAAGGAAACGGUUGACAUCAAAGAAACGGUUGACAGCAAAGAAACGGUUGACAGCAAAGAAACGGUUGACAGCAAAGAAACGGUUGACAGCAAAGAAACAGUUGACGGCAAAGAAACGGUUGACGGCAAAGAAACAGUUGACAGCAAAGAAAUCGUUGAUAGUAAAGAAACAGUUGACAGCAAAGAAAUGGUUGACAGUAAAGAAACAGUUGACAGCAAAGAAACAGUUGACAGCAAAGAAACAGUUGACAGCAAAGAAACAGUUGACAGCAAAGAAACAGUAGACAGCAGAGAAACUGUAGACAGCAGAGAAACUGUAGACAGCAGAGAAACUGUAGACAGCAGAGAAACUGUAGACAGCAGAGAAACUGUAGACAGCAAAGAAACUGUAGACAGCAAAGAAACUGUAGACAGCAAAGAAACUGUAGACAGCAAAGAAACUGUAGACAGCAAAGAAACUGUAGACAGCAAAGAAACUGGAGACAGCAAAGAAACUGGAGACAGCAAAGAAACUAGAGACAGCAAAGAAACUGGAGACAGCAAAGAAACUGGAGACAGCAAAGAAGCUGUAGACAGCAAAGAAGCUGUAGACAGCAAAGAAGCUGUAGACAGCAAAGAAACUGUAGACAGCAAAGAAACUGUAGACAGCAAAGAAACUGUAGAUAACAAAGAAACUGUAGAUAGCAAAGAAACUGUAGACAGCAAAGAAACUGUAUUCAGCAAAGAAGCAGUUGAUUGCAAAGAAACGGUUGAUUGCAAAGAAACAGUUGAUCGCAAAGAAGCAGUUGAUCGCAAAGAAGCGGUUGAUCGCAAAGAAGCGGUUGAUCACAAAGAAAUGGUUGAUCACAAAGAAGCAGUUGAUCGCAAAGAAGCAUUUGACCGCAAAGAAACAGUUGGCUGCAAAAGAAUGGCCGACAACAGAGAAAGGAUUGAAUGCAAAGGUACAAUUGGCAGCAAAGAAACGGUUGAUUUCAAAGCAAUAGCUGAUGGUAUGGAUACAAUUGUCAGCAAAGAUACAGUCAGUGACAAAGAAACAACUAUUGGUAAAGAAAUAGUUGAUGGGAAAGAAAUAGUUGCAUGCAAAGAAACAAUUGAAUGCAACAAAAUAGCUGGCUGUGAAGAAAUGGUUGAUGGUAGAGAAAUAACUGCUAGCCAAAAUAUACCUGACAUCAAAGAAAAUGCUGACAGUGAAGAAACCGUUAAAGGCAAAGAAAGAGUUGAUGACACAGGAAAAGAUAAAGAAACAACUGAUGGCACAGAAAUAGUUGAUGACACAAGCAAGGGCAAAGAAUCAGUUGACAUUAAAGGAACAGUUGAUGUCCAAGAAACUGUUGACAGCAAAGUAACAGUUGAUGGCAAAGAAAUGGUGGACAGCAAAGGCAAAGAAAUGGUUGACAGCACAGGGAAAGGCAAAGAAACAGAUAGCCUAACAAAUGGUGAUGUUUGUCUUGAAGACAGUAGUUUACAUAUCACACCCAAAACUAGCUCAAAUAUUUUGCCUGUUUUGCCAGUUGUGGAACCAUUGUUGAUUGAUUGUCACAAAGGAAGUGUAGGGUCCAGAGAUGAUGUAACCCACUAUAUCAACUCUCAGACUGACACUUUAGAGGAAGAAAGAGAUUCUAGUGUCAAACAAGAAUUGGAUAAAGUAAAAAAUAUUAAGGAUAUAAAGUCACCAAGAGGAAGAAAAAGGCUGCUACAGGAGGACAGUACUGACUCUACAGACAGUGAUAGCUCCACUCCGUCCAGACGUAGGGGACGCAGCUCAGGUUGUGCAUUGAGCAAAGGACUAGGGAUGGACACAAAAAAAUUUGUUGAAUCUGAAAGUAAACUGGAAAUCUUUAAAUCAGGGAAAGCAAAUAUAAAGGAAACCAGUUUAAAAGACGAGAGUAAGAUAAAAGAACCUAGUGGUGUUACCAAGAGUAGGGGUGAAUUGUCCAAAAUAUCUAGUAAAAUAUUUCCAUUUACCCAGGAAGAUUUGCAUAGCUCGUCUGAUGAGUCUAAGGAUAGGUUAGAGCAAGUUUUGGAAACAGACUCAGGAAGCAAAACUAAAUGGAAGAGAGAGAGAGAGAGUAGUGAAAUAGAAAAAAGUGAUGUCAGAGUGGACAUUCAGUGUUCUUUGCCUGAUGGUCUCCAGUCUCCAAAGAAGAAAAGACGAAAAAGUGACUCAAAAGCUGAAUCAGAUGGCACAGGCUUGGAUUCUGAUGAUUCUCAGGAGAGAAAACGGCCAAUGGAAGUCACAGAUGAUGAUUUGAGAAAAAGAAGAAAAACUGAAGAAAGUCAAGAAGAUAAACGAGCUGUGCCAAACGUGGAUGUGCCAAAAGUAGAAAGCAAAAAUGUGCGUUUUAAGAUUCCUACUUUAGACAUACCUCUUCCCACUGAAGCAUAUCCCAGGAGGAAUCAAAAAUCUACUAUAACCUCUAAAAAGGAAGAUAAUUUUGUGUCUGAUUGUUCAAAAGACAACUUGGAACCAAAUAUAAGUUUAAAAGGUGCUGAUUCAAUUUUUCCAAAUACUAAUGAAGAUACUGUUAAGAAGCCUAUAGAUGAGAAAUACUCUGAUGAAACAACAUUUGAGAAAAAAAUUAGUUUUUCGAAAGAUACUAGUGAUUCUAGUAUAUCACAAUAUGAUUUCAACACCAGCUUAUCAUCUAAAGAUGAUUGCAGUGAUGAUAAUAUUGAUUCAAAUGUUGCAAAAAUAUUUAUGCAAACUUCUUCAAUUGAUUCAUCAACAAUUCCACUAUUGGGUGAUGGAACAGAUCUUGAUAUUUCAUCCACAGAAAUACCAGCUUUGACAAUGUUGACAUCAGAAGGUGGCUCAAGAACAGUAGCAUCUGACCAUAUUGAGGAACUAAUAAAUUUUUCUAAAGGUCUUAGCACCACGAGAUAUGAGGAGAUUCUCACUAAUGACUGCUCAAAGAGCUCCUUGGAUAGGCUGGAUUCCAAAGUUUGUCAACAUUCUGGUACUGAGAAAUCUAACUUAGAUAAAAUAGAGAAAAUCCAUGGUGCCAGCAGUAGCUCGAGCAAGAAGGAGCGGAUUGAGGAUGUAAAAAUUCAUCUAGGUGUAGGCUUGGUGGCAGAAGCUCAUGACAAUAAAGAGAAUCUUGAGCCAAAGAACGAAACAGGCAGUAGUGGAAGUAAGGUUGAAGAAGUUCAUCUUCAGUGUGAUGAAAUAAAACUGAAUGUUAUCACUGAAAGUAAAGCUCAAAUCCAUAUUACUGGUGAUGAACCAGACCUGAAAGAUAAUACUAUAGGAAGCAAAGUUGAGGAAAUAAAUCCAACUAGUGAGGAAAUCCUAGAACUUGCAAAGAAACAGCAGGUUGAUUUUGGAGAAAGAGAAAUAAGGAACAAGCAAGUAGUAGAAGAGAGAUUGAAGAGCUUCCAGCACCUUAGAGAAAACUUGUACAUAGGAGAGAGAAAGAAGAGCAAGCGCAGCAAAGAGGUGCGACGUAUGGUGUGCGACUGCUCUCUCACUAAGGAGGAGCUGGAGCGUGGUGAAGUUGGCUGCGGGGAUGACUGUCUCAACAGGUUACUCAUGAUUGAAUGUGGUUCACGGUGUCCACUGAGAGACCGAUGUACCAACAAAAGGUUCCAGAAUUUCCAGUAUGGAGAUGUAGAGGUGUUCAACGCAGAUGAGAAAGGGUGUGGCAUCCGAGCGCGCACACCCCUGGCACCGGGUAGCUUCAUAAUGGAAUAUGUAGGGGAGGUAUUUGACACCCGAGAGUUCAAGAGACGGAGGAAAGAGUACGCUCGUGAACACAGCUCCCAUUUCUAUUUUAUGGCUCUCAAGUCUGAUCAGCUCAUUGAUGCAACAAGGAAGGGAAACAUAUCAAGGUUCAUCAAUCAUUCGUGUGAUCCAAAUUCAGAGACUCAGAAGUGGACUGUAAAUGGAGAAUUGAGAAUUGGUUUCUUCACUAAAAAGUACGUAGAAGCUGGAGAAGAACUAAGCUUUGACUACCGACUGGAGAGAUAUGGACGGGAGCCACAAAGAUGCUAUUGUGGCACUCCAGUAUGUCGAGGGUGGCUUGGAGAAUCUCCAGAUGAGAAAACCAAGGAAGAAAAAGAUGAAGAGCGAAGGAAAGAGGAAAGAGAUAAAAGGAAGAGGGAAGAGAGGCGAGCCUAUUUUGAGGAUAUUGAUCUGGGUGAUGAAAUAGAUAAGUUGAACUCUCACCGACUGAGAAACCGACAGGACACACUCAAUCUCUCACGACUUAUGGUACGUGCUGAAGAUUUCAGCUCGCGAGUUAUGCUACUGCAGUUACUUCAGACUGGGGAACCAGCGUGCAGGAGACUGUUCCUCGACUAUCAUGGUCUAAAGGUUCUCUGGUCUUGGAUGGCAGACCUGGGAUUCUCCCAAGAACAUACAGCAUUGAAAAUUGAAAUUCUGAAGACGUUGGAGUGUCUACCAAUCACCAACAAGACACAGCUCACAGACAGCCGGGUACUGGCACUGGUAGAGCGUUGGAGCACGCAGACAUAUGAUACGUCUUCAACACACUCUCCUCCGCCUCCUCCUCCACCUAAGACUGACCUCCUGGGUACAGUUUCACUGUCUUCGGACUCAGAAUCCAAUAAGAAAACAAGUGACACCAGUGAAGAGUCCGACAUUGAGAUGGAAACCAAAACAAUUCCAAACUCUAUAGAGGGAUCAAGUGCAGAUGACAGUAGUCUAGACUCUGAGGUGGAACAACCAUCAUUAAGUGUAAAAAAAAUGGUGGAAGGCACCAUGGCUGAAGAAGAGAGCAGUGACUCCAGUCAGAGUGAUGGGAAAGAGAACCCCACAAUAUGUGGAAAAACAAAUGGGAAAAGAUUAGCAGUGGAACCAGGAGAGGAUGAUGAAGCUGUGGUUGACCAGAAGUCAGUAAAUAUAGAGAAAGAGGCACAAGAAACCCUGGAACUACAUAGGACAGUGAUUGCACUGGCAAUAAAGUUGUUGGAUACUUGGAAAAGCUUGAAGGAGUUCUUUCGUAUACCCAAGAAGGAACGCAUUGAGCUGAUGAAAGAGCAUGAACGUGAAGUUGACAGAGGCUACAAGGAGUAUCUUGACAGAGAACAAGAUGAUGACCGUGAUAGAAGGGAUAAAGACAGAUUUGGUAUUCUCUUUUCAUUCAGAUACAACAGACGGGAUUCCUAUUAUGAUAGACGACGACGCUCUCCAGACCGUGAGCGAGACAAAGACCGCCAUCGUCGAGGUGGAAACAGAAAUGACCGGGACACAAGAGAAGACAAAUCCUCAGAUUCUCCAAAGAUGUCCAAAGAGCAGAGAAGACAGCUAUUUGCUUUAAAAGUUCAAAAAGAGGAGGAAGAAGCUAAACAACGAAAGAUGCAGGAAGAAAUGUGGGCAAUGCAUGUAGACCGUUGUCGUCUUCUGGGUCAUGAUCCUUAUCUGACACCAAUUUUUGAUCCUACCUACCAGUACUAUUGGGACCCAGUUGCCGCUACUUGGCAGCCCUACAAUGGAUCCGAUCCUAACAUCCCUGUGCCAGCAGCAUAUGGUCAGCAUAAAAAUGAGAGUGAUGGUGGAUCACCCUUAUCAAUACUGGUCCUUGCUCCAGAUGGUGAGCCUGUUACUCCAGGUCAUGGUGGACCGGAUGAUCCACUCAAUCCAGCAAACAUUCCAUUGCCUGGUGAAAUCUCCAGUUUACCCCAAGCAUCACCAUCCCAGCCCUUACCUGGACAAGCUGUACCCUGUGAAGGUACUCCUCCACAAGGAGCCAAGGUUCUUUCAAUACCUCUUCCUGGAGAAGUACCCUCAAACACCUGUAUUGGGUCUAUGCCUUUAGACCCAAGUACAACACCCUUACCAAGGAUUGAGAGUGAAGAAGGUCCUCCACCACCACCGCCACCAGGACCCAUCACCAUUCAGUUACCUCCACGGUGGAAGAUAGCACGGGACUCGGAAGGACACGUGUAUUUUUAUCAUGUUAAAACUAGAAGUAGCCAAUGGGAGCCACCCACUCUAGAACAGCACCAGCAACUGGAAGCAGAACUGGGAUCAGAUUCAGAAUCAGAUUCUUCAUCCUCUGAUGAUUCCGACUCGACGAGCUCUAGUGAUAGCGAAGACUUCUCAAGUGAUGAGGAGGAGGAGGAGGUGGUGGUGACGGUGGAGAGAAGUGGGGUGUCAGAUGAGAAGAUGAUCAGACGCGUGCGGGGCAAGAAACGGCGGUCAGAAGCACUGGUGCAGGAACGUGUUAUCAGCCCUAUCCUGGAAGUUGAUCGGGAGCAAGCAAGACGUGAACGUCGCGAGGCAAAGGAGCGAGCCAGGGAAGAGGCUCGUCAAGAAAGACAGGAGGAGAGACAGUCUCGUACCCAGGACCACACAGAGUAUGAAGAGAUUCCAGAGCAAUUAGACGUCACUGAAAGACUUGAAAUUCCUGAGAGAAGCGAGCGUGCAGAGAUAGGCGAGCUUGUGGAGAGAUGUGAGCUCUUGGAGAGAUGUGACCUCUUGGAGAGGAGUGAGCGUUCAGAUAGGAGCGAGAGAUCAGAGCGUCAUGAAAGAAGUGAACGAGCCGAGCGUCACGAGAGAAGCGAGCGAGCCGAGCGCCAUGAGAGUAGGGUUAAGAGAGAGAAGGUAAAGAGCAAGGAGCGAGCUGCAACAGCAAUUGCGGAUAAUAGUGAUAGUGCCCGAAGAAUAAAGGAUACCUUUAGAUCAAAAAUGGCCACCUUUAUAGUUGGUGUACUAAAUCCGUAUAGACGAGGAGACUGCAAGGAGGGCAAGAUCACCUGUACCGAAGAUUUUAAAUACCUGGCUCGGAAGCUCACACACUUCGUAAUGGUGAAAGAAUUGAAACAGCUUCACAGCAUAGAUGCUCUAGAAUACAGUGAUAGUGUUAAGCAUAAAACUAGGGACUUUGUUCGUAAAUACAUGAGUAAGUAUGGAGCAGUCUUUAAAAGGGAUCCCAGUGACACUAAGGAGUACUAGCUUUGUGGGUAAAGUUCUCAUCAAACACGUCCCAUAAUUAUCUUUCACUCUAACCUCAAGAAAAUAGUUUGGAUAGGGAGUGUGAUUGAAGCAGGUAGGUGGCAGAUAGUUAACAUUUCACGGUGUAUGCAACCAGUUGUUAAUUUUGAACUCUGUUAUAUAUAAGCUCUUGUAAAAGUAAUAAAAAAAAAAAGUUUAUUUAAUAGAAUAAAACUUGAGCCACAGUGGACUCUGUACAUAGGAAGGUAAAGUACAGUAAGGGAUUGGUUUUCCUUUCUAGUUAGAGCCAAGACAUGGAAGAUAAGAUAUUUGGAAGUAUGUUUUUGUCCUAGAAGAAUGUUACAGAAUAAGAUAAAUGAUGGCUAUGAUUGAAAGAUUCAGAAUCUUUAUUUGUUUUUAAUUGACAAAUUAAGGGAAGUUACAAAUAGAGAAAGUAGAAUGUAAUCCAGAGUUAAAUAUGGAAUUGUUUUGUGAAGGUUUACAAAUUUCAUCUUUUAUAUAGCUAUAAGUCAAUAUGUUUGUGAUGACACUAGAAUAAUUUCCAUGUAAGAUGUAUCUUACUGUUUUCUAUACAGAAAAUGGGAUGGCUUAUAAUAAAAUGUAGAAAAUUGGAUGGCUUAUAAAAUAGAGUUAAGUAAUUUUUUUACAGAAAUUUUUGUGUCAGAAGUUUCGCAGUCUGUGAGAAGAUGGGACAGUAAGUGAAGUAGGAGAGUAAAAUUUACACAGUCAGGAAACAUCAACUUACUGAUGUAAAUGUAAAUUAAAAAUUAAGCCAUUUUUUUAAGUUGUGAAACAAAUUGAUUUUAUGAGAAAGAUUAAAAGUGUCACUGCCACUGACGUGUGUAAUUAUCCCACCACUGAGCUCUGACUCCUGCUUCAUUGUUCCUCCGAGUCCUUGACUUGUGUAAAUUUUCAUAUGUAGAUCCUUGAGAAAUUCAUAACUAAUGGUUAGGAGUUGUAAAUGCUACUCUAUACCCAGUCAUCUUGAUUUAUUUAUAUUUAUUUUUUUAUGUUCCUCAUGCAGGGUAAAGGCUUUCAUUAAAGCCUAAGGUGUAUGUUUUAUCAAGCAUUUUGUAUAUUAACAACCCACCCCAGAAACUAUACAAGUUAUAAUUUAAUUCUUCGUGUAUAUACACAGUUGUACAGGCUCAUUAAUGUUGUAAUGGAAAUGGCUGUAUUUUGAAAGUAUUGAUGUUUUAAUUUUUUACUCCCAUAUUUGAUGUUGAAAUUUUUUAACUUAGUACAGAAAUUAUUGUUUUGUUUAUUGACUAAUGGUUUAGUUUUGUUUGUGUGUGUGUGUGUAAUGUGUUCUUUGGAAUACAUUUGCCUUUGUGAUGAUAUUAGCAUGUAGGUAAUUGAAGACAGAUAUAGGACUGAAUGUACAAAAUCCAGGCACUGGAAUUGAUAAAAUUAUGCUGUACAAUAUAUAUUUUGGCUUUCCUUAACCUUACUUGGUGUGAACCAAAUAUGUAGUGUGUGUAUUUCGUGCCCAGUUUUUAAGAAAAGUACAUUAUUAUUAUUAUUAUUAUUAUUAUUAUUAUCAAAUUAAGAGCUAAACCUGAGGUCUCGCAUCACUGCUAGGAGGAUAUGUGAAAGCAGAAAUGUGCAAAGGUUAAGAAUGAGUAAGAGGCAGGGAUAUGCAAAAUUAGGGGUGAGGGUUAGUACUGACAAAACUGAAAUCGAAUUUGGUGCACUAGGUUAGAUUCAGUUAAAAAGUCGAGAUUCUGCAUCAGAGGUGGGACUUUCAGCAAGAAUGAGUGUUGGGGCUGUUUAGAUGCUAGAUGGAUGUGUGAUCUUAAUCCUCAGAAUGGUGCCGGAUGUUUCUUCGUGUGAGUGUCCAGAGCUGCAUGUGUCCAAUGCAUAAGCAUGUGUGUGGUUUUCCAAACCAAACAGUGGUGGGAAGAUGGCCAAAAUCCUGUAUGUGAUUUGACAGAAAACAAUUUGUUGUGGCCUAAAGCAAACCAAUGUUGUUGCCAGUAGAUAUUGUGAGAUAGAAUUGAAAAAUACCCAUAUGGAAAAUUUAAGGGUGUUAAUGCAUUCAUUGCGCUGACUGUCCCCUCAUUACAGUUUCUCUCCAGCAUGCGGUUGACCGUGUUUCCAAUUGGGUCACCACUCCUGGGUUUAAAUUUUCCAGCACCAAAACUCCCCAAAUUACUUUCACUAGACAUUCUGUCAUCUCCGAUCAUCCUUUGUACCUCUAUGGCUCCCGUAUCCCUGAACGUGAUACAGUCCGGUUUCUAGGCUUUCUCUUUGACCGUAGGUUAUCUUGGAAGCCCCACAUUACUUCUCUGAAGGCAACUUGUCACAGCCGACUGAACCUUCUUAAAACCCUUGCUCAUCUUUCAUGGGGAGCUGAUCAUCGAACUCUCUUCGCCUACAUUCAGCCCUCAUUUUAUCGAAACUCGAUUAUGGUGACCAGAUCUACUCAGCGGCCUCUCCUGCUACUCUCUCUAGCCUUAACCCCAUCCAUCACCAAGGAUUACGUUUAUGCCUUGGUGCUUUUUGCUCUUCCCCUGUUGAGAGCCUCUAUGCAGAAGCGAAUGUUCCAUCCUUGUCUGAUCGCCGUGAUGCCCAUUGCCUUCGCUGCUAUGUAUGCUCUCACGAUCUCCGCAAUCCUUCCAUUUAUAGAAUGGUCACUGAUAUUAGUAGACAUCCUUUAUUUGUUUGCCGCUCCUGUUUGAUCCAUCCCUUCUCUCUUUGCCUACAUUCGCUUUUGUCUUCCCUUCAGUUACCACCUUUAUAUGUUCAUGUAGCAUCUCACUUUUCCCUACCCCCUGGGAAGUUCCAGCUGUUUGGGUCUGUUCUUUCUCACUCCCUUGCUCGAAAGCCCAACUGCUUACGGUGGCUUCCCGCUCUCUCUUUCUUGAUCACUUCCACUCUCAUUCUCAUGCCAUCGCUGUGUACACAGAUGGCUCUAAGUCUUCAGACGGCGUCGGAUUUGCAGCAGUGUUUCCAGACAGCGUCGUGCGGGGGCAUUUACUAUCUUCGGCUAGCAUUUUUACUGCUGAAUUGUAUGCCAUUCUUGCAGCACUUAUUCGUAUCGCAUCUAUGCCUGUGUCAUCAUUUGUGGUAGUCUCAGACUCCCUUAGUGCUCUACAGGCUAUACGAAAAUUUGAUACAUCUCACCCCCUAGUUUUACGUAUCCAACUUUGGCUACGCCAUAUCUCUACCAAGCAUAAAGAUAUUGUUUUUUGUUGGGUCCCUGGUCAUGUCGACGUACAGGGCAAUGAACAGGCAGACACUGCUGCGCGGUCAGCAGUACACGACCUACCAAUUUCCUAUAGAGGUGUUCCAUUUCUGGACUAUUUUGCUGCAAUAGCUACCCACCUUCACACCCAUUGGCAACAACAUUGGUCAACUCUGCUUGGUAACAAACUUCAUUCUAUUAAACCGACCAUAGGUUACUGGCCGUCUUCUUAUCAUCAGUGCCGAGGUUGGGAGACCACUCUCUUCCACCUUCGCAUUGGCCACACUCGUCUUACUCGUGGGUAUCUCAUGGAGAGGCACCCUGUUCCUCUCUGUGAGCAGUGUCAAGUUCCAGUAUCGAUUAGCCACAUUCUGUUAGACUGCCCUCUCUAUCAAUGAGCACGCAGAAUUUACCUCUGUCGUUGUCUCCGCUCUACUACUCUCUCUUUACCUUCCCUUCUUGCUGAUGGACCCUCCUUUAAUCCUGACUCUCUCAUUGACUUCUUGACAACGACUGAUUUACUCCACAAACUCUGAUGAUGAUACCUUUCGCACUCCCCUCAGACCUUUCUACCUCAAUCUCUUGCUGCCCUCUACCCUUUCAUCAUCCACUGCCCCGCUGUUCUCCGUAACCUAUUACUCUUCCAUCUCCCUUUUACCACCUGAUGCCCUCGCUUCCUUCCUGCCCUGCAGCGCUGUAUAGCCCUUGUGGUUUAGCGCUUCUUUUUUAUUAUAAUAAUAAUAGUGUGUUCAUUGACCUGAAUAUGUCCAGGGUAAGUGAGGUACACUAUAAGCAAAAUUUAAGACAUGGAUUUUGCAGGAGGGAGCAUCAGUAGUCUGAACCACUAGCUAUGGCCUACAAGUGCUCCAGUUCCCUGAAUACCUUCCAUCCCCCCCCCCCACAGGCACUGUAUAAUCCUAUGGGUUUAGCACUUCCCCCUUGAUUAUAAUAAUAUGGCCUACAAGAAGUCAUGAGCAUAGGACAGUUGCCAGAGAACUGGAAGACAGCGAGUAUAGCCCUUGUGGCUUAGCACUAAUAUUUUGAUCAUAAUAAUAAUAAUGGAAGACAGCGAAUGAAGUACCUAUAUUUAAGGAAGGAGACAGGUAGGAGGCAUCAAACUAUAGGCCAGUUUUGCUGAUAUACUGUGCAAGGUAAUGGAGAAGAUAGUUGGGGAAAAGUGGUUUUAUAAACAACCAGUAUGGCAAGUCUUGUUUUACCCAUCUUUUUAGAAUUCCCUGACAAAUGGCAGUGAGACAGGAGGGAGGGAGGGUUGGGUUGAUUGCAUUUUUUUUUUUUUUUUUUUUUUUUUAGACUGCAAAGUAUUUGAUACAGUACCCCAUCUCCCCUCAAGGAAGGUUCCUUGAUGUUGGUGAGGGGCUCUUGAUUUAGGGAAUUGGAUCUGUGCUCCAGUUCUCCGAAUUAAGCCUGAAUGCCUUCCACAUCCCCCCCAGGCGCUGUAUAAUCCUCUGGGUUUAGCGCUUCCCCCUUGAUUUAUAGUAAUAAAGUACCCCAUCUGAGAUUGGGGCAAAAACCUGAGAAACUGGCAAGAAUAGCUGGGAGCAUACUCUGGUGGAUCAAAGAAUACCGUUGAGGAAAGAAACAGCGAUUAUCUGGGAAGAGCAACAAAUGGAGGACCACAAAGAUCAGUAAUAGGGUCAGUAAUGCUUCUGAUUUAUGUAAAUGACAUACCAGAUGGGAAGACAGGCCCAAUUCCUUAGAUCAAGAUCCCCUUGCCAGCAUCAAGGAAGCCCCUUUGAGGGGUGCCACAUCCAUAAAGACCGUCAUAUAUCGGAGGAGGAAGAGGAAGGCAAAUCCUCAAGUAACUAGUAAUGAGCUGCACCGAUGACUACACUGCCUCACCUCCAAACACUACACACUAUUGUGCAUUUUAUCCUCCACUACAUUGUUCUACUCCAUUGCAGUUUAUUAAUACUAACACACAAUACUUGGUCCAAGAGAAAGGAUUUAAUAUUAAAAUAAUUGGGAAAGAAACAAUAUAAAGAUGGUAAUACAGUUAACCGAGAUUGAAUACACAGAAUAGAAUCGUUAGAGAGUAGCUCACUCCUUGGAGACCAGCCAGCUUCUAAUCGCAGGUCUGGCUUAGCGCUUCUUUUUUAUUAUAAUAAUAAUAAUCGCAGGUACCAAGACCCCACACUGGUCUUUAGCUCCCCUCAAGGGAGGUUACUUGACGUUGGUGAGGGGCUCUUGAUCUAGGGAAUUGGAUCUAUGUUCCAGUUCCUUGAAUUGAGCCUGAAUGCCUUCCAUCCCCCCCACAGGUGCUGUAUAAUCCUACGGGUUUAGCGCUCUCCCAUGAUUAUAAUAAUAAUGGCCUUUAGCUAUCUCCUGGCCUCAGUGCUGUGUGACCCAUAUGGCUGGCCAGAGCUCUGCACCCUGGCGAAGCUCUCUCCUUAGCUGCUUCUGAGUUUAUAUAUAGGCCUCCACCCCUAUAAUUUCAAAUCCGAGGUCACUUCUCAUGGUAGCAUACAUGUGGCCACCAUAGAGGCUAGUCUCUCUUAUCAGGAAUAUGGUUUGAAGGUUACCAACCACCAUUCCUUCAUAAACUGAGAGUUUAGCACUUAAGUUUUGAUUGUAAAAAUCUCAAACCGAAAAAUCUGAGACAUCACAGGUGUUCUCCCUUGGGGUUACAAAGGCCUGCACACACUUCUCACUUCUGGCUAUGUCACUUGUAGGAUUUUAUUGCGUGGCUUGAUAGACUCAGGAUGUGAAAUAGCACUAACUACUAUGGUCUCAGGUACAAACAGGACCUGUGGUCAAACAUGAUAUUGGUAAGGUAGUGUCAAGAUAAUACAAGACGUGAAUAAGGAGAACGACGCCAGUACCUUUAUUAAUUUUAUUCACGGGGGUAGUGCUGAGCCUUAGGGAUCGGGGCGCUGUUUAUAGGGCAAGGGAGAACUGACUCUGAACCCUGCCUCCCGGUGCCUGUGAAGAAACAUUGUUCAUUUUAUUAUUACACUCGUAUUAAAACGCUAAACCCAUAGGGGUCAUACAGCGCCUGGGGGGAAUAGGAGGCAUUCAGGUUUGCUCAAAGAAAGGUAUGCACAAGUCAAGUUUCUUAGAUCAAGAGCCCCUCACCGGCAUCAAACAAUCUUCCCUGAUGCUGGUGAGGAAUAGCUGAAUAGUUUGCAAAAAUCAAAGAACAUAAAUACCUCGCAAGUUUACCCGUACAUCUUAGGAAAACAAUGAGAAUAAUCAAGUGGUUCAUUUUACAGGUAAUGAAGUACUUAAUGUACAAGAGAAAAAAAAGACCCGAUGGGGAUGCGCGUGGCAGGAGAGAUCAGAUCUGAGGAACGUCACGAGGGUAAGAGUGCCAGAUACUUGGUUUUGAAGUUCAGAUGAUAUAAAGGUGUAAGUACGGCAUAGCAUAAGUCAAUCUGGACAGGCAACACUAGUCGGGUUGAUUUACUGGUAAACCCGCCACUUACCCCAUGGUAACCGGAGUUACACUAAUUGCCAAUUAUGCACUGAGAGAAAAGAACGGCUUGAAGAUAUUCUUUACGGGAGUGUAGGGAAAAAAGGCAGACAUCAAUAAUACAAAUUUAUUAUAGAUAUUAAAGCAUUGAUGUAGUUGUUCACAGUCAGUCCACGAAGCUUUCAACUCGAAGAAUAUAAAAGGUAAAUCACACGGACUUGUUUGACAGCACCAGUGACUCAUCGCAGUUGUUGCUCUCUUGUUGAUAGCCGAUGCUCUUUUGUUAAAUGCCGAUGCUUUAUUCUUUAUAUUCGAUUCUUUCUUAUUUAUAGUUGAUGCCCUCUUGUUUACAACUAAUAUUUCAUCGUUUUUAAGUAAUGCUUCUUUGUUUUCUGUUUCCUUUUUGUUUAUCAUUAAUACCUUCCUGUUCGUAAUCGAUUCCUCUUUGCUUUUAGUAAUUUUCGUCCAGUUCGACACAUUGGCUUGGUUGACUAGAGACUUGUCAUAAGUAGACAAAUGCUGGCAUUCAUUUCCAUA